AGCGCGCGCGUUUUGCGUUGCCCAUUGGCUCCGCCGCGACACGUCCCUCCUCCGGAAGCACUGGCCUUUGCACUUGGGCUUGGUGGUUGCCGCAGUUCAGGAGCCCCCACCUGAGACAAUGGUGUGCAUCCCCUGUAUCGUCAUUCCGGUUCUGCUCUGGGUCUACAAAAAGUUCCUGGAGCCGUAUAUAUACCCCCUGAUUUCCCCCUUUGUUAGUCGUAUGUGGCCUAGAAAGGCAGUACAAGAAUCCAACGAUAAAAGCAAAGGCAAAGUAGACUACAAGGGUGGAGACAUAAAUGGAUUACCAGCCAAAGGACCAAUAGAAGUCUCUGAUAAAAAGAAAGACUGAAGUGACUGUCCCAGAGGACCUCAUUGUUUUCCAAAUGGACCUAAUAAUUUGAAGCACCUUCUUUGUAAUUGUCUCUGACGUUUUCUCUUAGACCAGAAUUCAGGGUAGAUAGUUUAGAUGUUUACCUGAUACUAAUCAGGAAAUACAUGCUAUUUAUAUUUAAAAUGUAUUUAGUUAUAUUUAAUGACCUCACUUUUGAGUUUCUUUCUCAGUACAGAAGCUUUCUUUCCUAUUACUGCAGUUUGAAUAUGAAUAAAUAGAAGGUUUAUGCCAGACACUAUUACUAAAUCAGUCCUUAGGCUUCUAGAUUUUGUUCAGGCUCUUUGAAUUUAAGUAGAGAGAGUAUAUUGUUACCGUAAAGCCGUUUAGUGAGACUGUGGUGAAAUGAAGGGGAGGUUUUGGAGAUGAUAGUGGCUCGACAUGUAAGGUUAUAAUUACCGCCCAACACAGUGGAGCCCCUUAUCUACAAGAAUAGUCAUUUCUGGUUGUUAUGCUGAAGAAGUAGCAAAGACAAGAAGUAGAGGAAAAUUUUUUGAAGAAAAUGGGACACCUUGAACAUAAAUGUCUAAUGCAUAUUAUAAAAUUCUAAUCUUUGUUGGCAUUCCUUCUGUUCCUACAAAAUGUAUUAAAUAAUUCAGUUUA